CAAGAAGCAGCACGUGAUGCCUUGUCUGGUUUUGGUAAUAUAAUAAUAAUAAUAAUAAAUAACGAGGGGCAGGCACUGUGUGUGCAGUGGAGUCAUUGGAGACUGGAGUGGGAGAGGCCAGUCGCAGCUCAGAGCAAUGGCGAACCAGGUGCAGCACCCUUACGUCCCAAGAGACCUUCAUCUUCCCGGCUAUGUUCCUUGCUUCCUCUCCCAGUCGGAGAUCGUCACGCCCUUCCUCGGCUCUUCCCUCCUUCUCGUUGUCCUCAUCUGGUUCAUCUCAGGGAGAUUUCACAAGAUAUCGAAGCUUGAUCGAUUGCUGAUGUGCUGGUGGGCCUUCACUGGCCUCACUCACAUGAUUCUUGAAGGCUAUUUUGCUUUCUCUCCCGAGUUUUACAAGGAAAAAACCUCUUUUUUCUUGGCUGAAGUCUGGAAAGAAUACAGUAAAGGUGACUCUAGAUAUGCUGGGAGAGACUCAGCAGUGGUCACUGUUGAGGCUGUUACUGCUGUAAUAGAAGGCCCUGCUUGUCUUCUCGUCAUAUAUGCCAUUGCGAGGAAAAAGGCUUACAGCUACACCCUUCAGCUUGCAAUUUGUCUCGGCCAGCUCUACGGAUGCUUGGUUUAUUUCAUUACUGCAUUCCUAGAGGGCGACAAUUUCUCCACAAGCCCCUUCUAUUACUGGGUCUAUUACAUCGGCGCUAACUGCUGGUGGGUUCUUAUACCAUCUCUCAUUGCAAUCAGGAGCUGGAAGAAGAUAAAUGCAGCGUUUCAAUCUGAGAGAAAAACCAAGACUCGGUGAGGCCGCAUUCACUCGCCGGAAAGGUUGUACAAGCCUAAAUUAUCACAAUAAGAGUCUGUUUUUCUGAACAUUUAUCAAUGGCUUUUGUACAAACCAAGAUGAGCAUGUCUUUUUGUUUUUACUUUGUCAAUUAGAAUUAUGACUUUUGAAACAUAAUUUAGUACUAAUUCUGGCUGGUUGUGCAA